UCGAUGGAUCAUGGGUAGCAAUCCCUACGCGCAGAUCUGUUCACGCUGAUCGCAUUGUGUGACUGCACAAGCGCACGUCAACUAUGGAGAAGGUGCCCGCUAUGGAGAAGGUGCCCGCUAUGGAUCUCCGUGACCCCCGGGUCCUGUGCCUCCUCUUCGGCUGCUCUGCCGGGUCUCUGCUGCUCCUGUCCCGCUGGGUGACCAAGAGGAGGAUCCGGCAGAGGAUAGCACAUGCUCGUGGGAGAAGGGACGGAGCCUUAGGCCGGAUGGAGAGAGCUGCCAGCCGCCUGUCCGCACAGCAUCCUGUAGCGAAUCCAUCAGAAAUACUGUCCCUGUCUCUGGCAGAGCUCUCGGAGAGACUGAGGGAGGGGACACUCUCACCAGAGACUGUUCUUCACACCUACAUGAGCAAAGCCCUGGAUGUGACUCAUGAGCUAAACUGCAUCACAGACUAUCUGCCGGAGUGUGAGGCCCAUCUGGCGAGACUCGGAGAACAGACCACCAAAGGUCCUCUCUAUGGGGUCCCCAUCAGCCUGAAGGACAACUUUGACUACAAGGGUCAUGACAGCACUCUAGGGUUACUUAGGCACGUGGGGCGGCCGGCCUCAGAGCACUGCGUCAUUGUACAAGUCUUGAUGAAACAAGGAGCUGUACCAUUUGUGAAAACCAACAUCCCUCAGUCAUUGUUAAACUAUGACUGCAGUAACCCAAUCUUUGGGCAGACCCUGAAUCCUCACAACCACAAGAAGUCCCCAGGAGGAUCAACUGGAGGGGAGGGGGCCCUCAUCGGAGGAAAUGGCUCCAUAUUGGGGUUUGGCUCAGACAUUGGAGGAAGUAUCCGCUUUCCAAGUGCUUUCUGCGGCCUCUGUGGAUUUAAGCCCACCGGGAACAGACUCAGUAGAGUCGGGGUCAUGUCUAGCUGUCCUGGACAGAGAUCAGUUUCUGCGAUGAUUGGACCAAUAGCGAGAGAUGUGGACAGUCUGGUGAUAGCCAUGAGAGCUGUACUAUGUGAUGACAUGUUUCAGAUGGACCCUACAGUCCCACCAAUCCCCUUCAAUGAGAAGGUGUAUUCCAGCACCCGGCCCCUCCGUAUCGGAUUCUAUGAGACAGAUGGCUCUACCAUGGCCACUCCAACCAUGCGACGGGCUGUCUUGCAGACCAAGGCUCUCCUGGAGAAGGCAGGACAUACGUUGGUGCCCUUUACACCUCUGUCCGUAGAGAAGUCAUUGUUUGAGUUGGCAAUGAAGGGUCUGUUGGCUGACGGAGGGUCCACGUUCUUGGAUAAUUUUAAAGGAGACCAAGUAGAUCCAAACUUGAAAACUCAGGUUACAACCUACGCAUGCCCAUCUUGGCUGAAGAGCUUACUCUCCAUUAUUAUUAGGCCACUGUUUCCCAGAUUAGCGAAGAGUCUCCAUCAUACACAGGGAGUAGGUUCGGUGAAGGAGCUUUGGAAACACCAUGGGGAAGUUCAGGAAUAUCGCCAGGAGUUUAUCGCCCACUGGAAGGCACAGGGCCUGGACGCUCUGCUCUGUCCUAUUUUGGGGCCUGCUUUAUCCAUCGGAUACCCUGGAAAACUGUCAAGUGCUGUGUCAUACACAAUUCUGUACAAUCUGUUGGACUUCCCGGCUGGGGUGCUGCCUGUUACCAAGGUGAGCAGCGAGGAUGAGGAGGCACUGAAGAAGUACGAGGGUCACCACAAGGACCCCUGGGACAGGUUACUUAAGAAGGCCGUGUCUGACAGCGUGGGGCUGCCUGUGGCCGUGCAGUGCGUGGCCCUUCCCUGGCAGGAAGAGCAAUGUCUUCGUCUGAUGAAGGAGGUGGAGAAGGUGACAAAGAUGGAAAGAUGAAAGCGAUCUUUAAACGUCAUGGAUUGUCAUUAGAAUUCUGCACUGGAUUUUCUGCAUUAUUUUUCAUUUAUAACCUCUAUAAAUAGCCAACCUUUAUAGAAAAAGUCUCCCAGUAGCAGCACUGGUGGGAGAACACUCCACAGUUUACUGCUCUUACUGUAAAGAACCCUUAGUCAAUAGGGUGAGGUGAUUUCUUACCAGUGACUAAUAAAGGGGCAAAGUGAGACUUUUCUCUAUUGAGCCGAAGUGCUCUGAUCUUAGGAGGGUGUUGCAGGAAUGUGCUAUGUGUGUUUGUCCACUGACUUCUCUAUUCUCAGUGACACAGUGCCUCCACCUGAAUCUUAACCUCUGCUUCAAGUGUAUGGGAGGGAUUCUUCUGCCAAGAGCCGGCCAGGCUUACUAAUAGAAUCACACAUUAUUAUUAUUAUUAUCCUUUAUUUAUAUGGCGCCACAAGGGUUCCGCAGCGCCCAAUUACAGAGUACAUAUGCACAUAAUCAAAACAGGAAAACAGUGACUUACAGUUGAAGACAAUAUAGGACAAGUACAGGGCAACUAAGCAUAACUACACCAGUAAACAUAGAGAUAAGUUCCAGGUGGCCAAAAAACUGCGGGAUCUGGGCGGUUGAGGAUUAUUAAAGUAAGAAAAGUAUAAGCACAUGAGGGAAGAGGGCCCUACUCGUGAGAGCUUACGCGGCACAUACUGUAUAUUGCAGGGAAAUAAGGUUAAUAGUGAAUCGGUGGCAAAAUGCAGUUUAUAAAAAACCAUGUUAAAUUCUAUCUAGUUAAACAAUGAUAAUUGGCACUAUUGGUGGAUAUGGUAACCCAGUCCCAUGAGACUCUGCUAGUGUCGUCCCUCUUUUUGAAGAAAAUACAUCUUUGUUGCAACGGGAUGUGGCUUGGACACACCGGGAGACUGCGCUGAUUAAUUUGAUAUGACACUUGUGCGACUGAGUCUCUGAAUCUGCAUAUGAAGAGCUACAAUUUGGCAGCUGCAACUUUUUUCCAAUUCAAGUUCCAUUGUGCUCCGUAUACAGACUCAGUCACACACAAUAUAGAAGUGUCAUAUAUCACAUUACUCAGCGCGGUCUCUCCUGGUGCAUCUCAGUCAUAUAGCGCUGUGACUAAGACACACUUUCUCCAAAUAAAGAUGCCCGACACUAGCAGAGUUUCAUGGGACAUGGCAUAUUGAGGCUAGAUGUAUGAGUACAUACAUCUGUACCUGUAUAGCUUAGUCUCUAUAGAUCUAACCUGUCCACGAUGGCUUCUGUUCAGGUGAGGCUGAUGGCAGCAGACAACACGGCCAUUUACAUCAUUAUCACAUCUUCAUAUAUCGGUGAUGUCACUAGGAGCAGAACUUUUAUUAUAUGAGCCUCUAUAUUAUGUGAAAUUCAUGUUUAUACAAGAUUUGUUUGAUAUAUUUGAUAAUAUAGACCAGCAUUUUGAUACUGAAUUUCUAAAUGAUUUUAAAUGUACGUUUAAAUAAAAAAAAUAAAAAUCUGUG